AACUGAAAAAAGAGGGGUGGAAUAGGAAAAAAAAAAUGAAUGGAGGGUUAUGAUAGAAGCUGAUAGAGAGGUAAAUAACUGAGAUUGAAUUUCACUGAUCACAUCCCUUUCCCUUUCCUAUUUCAACCUACAUCCAAACUGCACCCUAAUGUGUAUGUGUAGAGUGGUUUGAGUUUGAGCAUUUUAUGUACUGAAACAGUGAGUUUCGAAAUUAAUCAGAAUUUGUUUUGCGAUCAAUAUGAGAUGUGAAAAAUGGAAGAGAAAGCAAAUUGUCUAUGUUCAUUUCUGGUAGUGCUGGCCCCACCUGCAGUGACACAAGUCGGCAAAGAAAAUAAUGCAACUACAGGAGAAACAAAUACGGCAUCAUGCCAGAAAGAAACAAGCCGAGAAAAGUCCACGUCUCUUGCUCCCACGUCGGCAAUGGCCCCUGCCCCUGCCUACGCCGCCGCCGCCGCCGGCGCAGCGGCGGCGGCGGCGCUGUCCCACGUUCGAGUUCGUGGCACCCGCGCUCCCCCACACCGUCUCUCCUUUCCCUCCAAAUCGCCACCCCCGUGGGCCGCGAUCUCGCUGCCUCCGGGGCCUCGCCACGCGGCUCCGGCGGCAACCGCGUCUGAGGACAGGGUGGAGGAAGAGGAGGGUCCGGCGUGGGUGGAGCUGGAGCCCAUCAGCAGCGAGCAGCAACUGGACCGGGCUCUCACGGAGGCGCAGCAGCUCGACCUUCCCAUCGUCCUGCUCUGGAUGGCGACUUGGUGCAGAAAAUGUAUAUAUCUGAAGCCUAAGCUUGAGAAAUUGGCCGCGGAAUACCAUCCAAGAAUCCGGUUCUACUGUGUCGAUGUCAAUGCUGUUCCACAGAAGCUUGUGAGCCGUGCAGGAGUAACACUGGAGCAGAAGAUGCCUUCUAUACAGCUGUGGAGUGACUCCCAGAAACAGGCCGAGGUGAUAGGUGGGCACAAAUCUUGGCUGGUAAUGGAUGACAUCCGGAAGAUGAUCGAGCGGGAGGAAUGAUCGAGCUUGUCUUUUAGCGUAACAAUAUCGUUCGAAGGAAAGAUAAUUCAGUAUUGAUAUUUGCUCAUGGAUUGAGCCAUACGUCAGGUCCUGUAUUGACAAAUUAGCAUCCAUGGUCAGAGGCGCCACAAUUCAUCGAUUCAUCAUCAUACAUAAACACUCAGGGCAGCACUUCUUGGAGCCUCUGUUGGUGGAAGAAUGAUGAAAUUUAGCUACUGGUGGCUGCAUUCUUGUGAUGUCCUUGAUGUAUCCAUGUGUAUUAUAUGGAAUUUGUCCUAUCAAAAUAAUUCAAUAUGGCAAAACUUGUUGCCUAUGUACUGAUUGGCCUUGAUAUUAGCCAUUGGAUAAUAAUAUUGAGUCAAUGACUUUUCUGAAUA